CAACAAUUCAAUUAUUAUAUAUAGAUUUUCUUAUUGAAAAUGUCUAAAGCAACGAAACGUAAACAUGUUGUGAAAGAAGUGGAAGACUUUAGUCUUCCAACAGAAUCUCAAUUGAUCGUCAAAGUUGUUGGAUCGCGUGGCAAUAAUCUUCAUGAGAUUAUAAACUCAGUUGGUGAACAAUACCUCGUAUCAAUGCCAGUUAAAUUUAGACGACACAUUUGGAUUAAAGCAGGAGACUUCGUAUUAGUCGAACCAAUUGCGGAAGGUGAUAAAGUUAAAGGAGAAAUAGUCAAGAUAUUAACACGAGAACAUAUAAAAUUGUACCGCGCACAGAAAUGUUGGCCAUUAGAAUUUGAUGAAAUCAAGAAUAAAAAUGAACCUACCGAAAUGAUAAAAAAUAACAGCAAAGACGACGACGAAGAAGAAGAAGAAGAAGAAGAAGAUAACUAUGACGAUAUUUUUGUAAAUACUAAUAGAAUAGGAACUAAUGUUUCUAAUACGUCGAGUGAUUCAGACACGAGUUCCGAUGAAGAAUCUAAUUAAUAAUUACUUUAAGAUAUUAAAUUAAAUUUUGUAAACAAAAAAAAACUUGUACAUAAAUUGAACAUAUAUUAUUGUUUAUAGUCUUAGCGCCAAAUCCUAUGUGAAUAGAUUUUUUAUUUUAUUACAAUAAUACUAUAAAAGUGUUAAUAGUUUUUUUUGAUACCUAAAUAAAUUUUUCUACAAAAAUUUAAAUUUACAAAUUAAAUCAUUUGUCUGUUAUAAAAGGUUCGAGCAAUUGUUCGAGCAGGAUGUUUCUAAUUUAGACGACCAGCCUGCAAAGGUUUAAUCUACAUCUAAAAAAAAAAAAGAAAUAUUCCAUAAGGUUUGUUAAAAAGUUAUAAACGAAUUUUAUAUACGGAAAAUGAAUAACUACGUAUUUUCCAUUGAGUUCAUGGAAAGCCUACUAUGUUUAUCAGCUCUGCAUAGAUUAGGUGUUUUUUUUUUAUCAUACAGUAAUAUG